AUGGACCAACUCGUCUUUAAUCAAUUGAUUUAUUUAAAAUUUAAAAUAAAAAACCCAUCAUCAAGAAAGAAAACACAUACAAUCUUUAUGAAAGAAGAAAUCGACGACCAAUCAACUUUGCCCUCGCGCGGUAAACAAAUUGCAUUAGAGCGUCCAUUGAGAAUAUUUUGUCCAGCAACACCACCAUCACCAUCAACAACUCCAACUAAUUGUGAAAAAAGAAAACUUGAUGAAAUUCAUAAUGAAGAGGAUGGGAACAAGUCUAAUAGCGACUAUGUUUCGUCACAUGAUUAUGAAUCUGGCAAGUCUCUUGGCAACAAAGAAACAAUGGUUCUUCUCCGCAAACAAAAUUCCCCAUGUGAUAUCAAAUGGGAAUCGAUGUAUUACCCAGUAUGCAAAUCAUGGUUUAACAAAGACACCAGCGCAGCAAAGAACAUUCUGCUGCUGGGCAUUUGCCAGUUCAUAAAGCCCAAAAAAUAA